AUGCUCCCUCGCUGCUAUGCACCCUCGCUUGCUAUUCCUUUUUUCCAUCCACAACCCAACUCAACACCCCCUCCCCCAUUAAUUCCCCCUUCCCCCUUCCCCCUCCCCUCCCCUCCAUCCCCCAUCCCUUCCCCCUCCCCUCCCCUCCGCCCCUAUUCCUUCCCCCUCCCCUCCCCUCCGUCCCCCAUCCCUUCCCCCUCCCCGAUCCCUUCCCCUCCCCUCCCUCCCCCAUCCUUCCCCCUCCCCUCGCCCCCCCCCCCCCUGCCUCGCCCCUGGCUUGCCCAUGUCUCCCCGUUGUCUCCCCGUUGCCUCCCCGUUGCCUCCCCGUUGCCUCCCCGUUGCCUCCCCGUUGCCUCCCCGUUGCCUCCCCGUUGCCUCCCCGUUGCCUCCCCGUUGCCUCCCCGUUGCCUCCCCGUUGCCUCCCCGUUGCCUCCCCGUUGCCUCCCCGUUGCCUCCCCGUUGCCUCCCCGUUGCCUCCCCGUUGCCUCCCCGUUGCCUACCCGUUGCCUCCCCGUUGCCUCCCCGUUGCCUCCCCGUUGCCUCCCCGUUGCCUCCCCGUUGCCUCCCCGUUGCCUCCCCGUUGCCUCCCCGUUGCCUCCCCGUUUCCUCCCCGUUGCCUCCCCGUUGCCUCCCCGUUUCCUCCCCGUUGCCUCCCCCCUGUCUCCCCAAUGCAACCCCCCUCCCUCCCCCCUGCUGCAUCCCCCCUCCCUCUUCUAUGCCUCGCCUCUCCCUCCCUUAUGCCUCGCCCCUCCUUCUCCCCUCCCUCCCUCCUCCCUCCCCCCUCCCUCGCCCCUCCCUCCCCAUCCCUUCCCCCUCCCUCCCCCCUGUCUCCGCCUGCCUCCCUCCUGCCUUCCCCCUGCCUCUCCCCUCCUCUCCCCUCUCCCUACCCCCUCCCCUCAAACUGCUUCCCACCCACCUGCCUCCUGCCUCCUCCCUGUCUCCCCCGUGCCCGCACCUGGCAGCGCGGGUGCUGGCGGAGUGCGCUGCAGCAUGGGGAUUGUCGGCGAGCAAGUGGCGGGUGGGGGGCGACUAAGCUUGUCCGGCAACGGCCUGGAGGGCUCCAUUCCUGCAUCUUUCAGCGCGCUCGCCUCGCUCGUCUACCUGUGA